AUUUCAUUAAGCUCAGGUCUGGAGACUCGAGCGUUUCUAGUAUUUUUCAGCCAUUUUUGCUAUAAAUAUAUUGAGCCUGCCUUUAGUAAGUUGAACAACCAAAAGGAAAAUACAACUGUGAGUCAUCUGAGCCUUCUUUCCUUCUGACCAAUUUUCAUUUUGCAGUCCAUGCUACCAAUGGCUACCAGCAGGAAAGCCGAUGAAUCCCGACCAAGAAAAAGGAAAGCCGAUGAAGCCUCCUCUUCAUCCUCAAAAAGAAAAAAGAUUUAUGAGGCCUCCUCUUCAUCCUCGAAUCAUUGGAUUUUUGAGGUUUUCUUGAGCUUCAGGGGUGCUGACACGCGCAACAACUUCACGGGCCACCUCUACCUGGCCUUAAAGGAUGCUGGAAUCAAUGCUUUCAUUGACGACAAUGAACUGGAGAGGGGAGAGAUUAUAGAUGAGGAACUGAUGCGGGCAAUCCAAGGGUCCAAAAUCUGUGUCAUCGUCUUCUCAAGGAAGUAUGCGGAUUCCAGUUGGUGUCUUGAGGAGCUAGAGAAGAUCAUGGAGUGUAGAACAACACUGGGACAACUAGUCCUUCCAGUAUUCUAUGAUAUUGAGCCUUCACAUGUCCAAAAUCUGAGUGGUAGUUUUGGAGAGGCAUUUGAUAAGGAACAUGGAGACAAAGAUGCAGAUAAGGUCAAGAGGUGGAGAGCUGCUCUUACUGAAGCUGCAAAUUUGGCUGGCUGGGAUCUUACGACAAAAGCUGAUGGGCAUGAAGGGAAAGUUAUCAGGAAGAUUAUUGAGAAGAUCACUAAACAUCUCAAUAACACAGGCUUAUAUGUAGCAGACUAUGAAACUGGAAUAGACUCUCGUAUGCAAGAUGUCAUUUCUCUUUUAGAUGUUGGAACAUCGCAUGAUGUUCGCAUUGUUGGAAUUUGUGGUAUGGGGGGCAUCGGAAAAACAACACUUGCAAAGGCUCUUUACAACAAAUUUCAUCAAAGCUUUGACGCUUCAAGUUUCCUUCCUGAUGUCAGGGAAACUACUAUGCAGAACAAUGGUAUGGUUAGUUUGCAAGAAAGACUUCGUUCUGAUAUCUCUAAAACAAGCAAGAAAGAGAUACGUCAUGUUGACAGAGGGAUCAAUGUGAUAAGAGAGAGACUCGGACGCAGAAGGGUAUUCGUCGUAAUUGAUGAUGUCGACAGAGUGGAGCAAUUAAAGAAAUUAGCAGUAGACCAUGACUCAUUUGGCCGGGGAAGCAUAGUGCUUAUAACGACAAGAGAUGAACAUUUGCUAAAGCAACUUCAAGUGGAUUCUAUAUAUCAAGUUCAGGUGAUGAAUGAAGAAGAAUCUAUCAGACUCUUGAGUUUGCAUGCCUUUAAAACUCAUUGCCCCCCUAAUGAAGAGUAUCUUAAACUCUCAAGAAGGGUUGUUCAUUGCUGUGGAGGUUUGCCACUAGCUCUUAAAGUUCUAGGUUCUUUUCUAUUUGAUCGACCCACAAGAUUUUGGGAAAGUCAAAUCCAGAAAUUGCAAACAAUUCCUCUGCCUGAAGUUCAUGAAAAGCUCAAAAUAAGUUUUGAUGGGCUGAAUGAUGAUACAAUGAGGGACAUAUUCCUUGAUAUAUCAUGUUUCCAUAUCGGGAAGCAUAUGGACAUUGUCAAACCAAUAUUGGAUAGUUGUGACCUUUUUCCAGAUACAGGAAUUCCGGUCCUCAUUCAACGUUGCCUUGUAACUGUAAAUAAGAAAAACCAGCUGAUGAUGCAUGAUUUGCUUCGCGACAUGGGUAGAGAAAUUGUCCGUGCAAAAUGCCGUGACGACCCUGGAAAAUGGAGUAGGGUGUGGCGCUCGGAAGAUGCAGUAGAGGUAUUGAGGGAUGAAUCUGGAUCUGAUGAAAUUCAAGGACUCACUCUAGACUUGUGGAGAUCAGAAUUUAGGACAGAAGCAUUUGCAAAAAUGAAGAGACUGAGAUUUCUCGAACUCAGUUUUGUAGAGCUCACUGGAGGCUACAAAUAUCUCCCGAACAAGUUAAGAUGGCUCCACUGGACUGGAUUCCCUCUAGAGUUCAUACCAAAAGAGUUUAGUCUAGGAGAAGCAGUUGCUAUCUACCUGGGAGGUAGCAACCUCAGAUACGUUUGGGAAGAUUCUGGGGUCCUUGCGAAAUUGAAGAUUCUUGAUCUGAGUGAUUCCAAGUACUUAAAACAAUCACCUGACUUUUCAACUAUUCCCAAUCUCGAGAAGUUAGUCCUCGCAAGCUGUGAGCAAUUGCCAGAGGUUCACCAGUCCAUUGGAGAACUCAAAAGGCUUUCUUUUGUUGAUCUUACGGGCUGCAAAAUUCUUGAGGAGCUUCCAAGGAGUUUCUAUAAGUUAAAAUCUGUAGAAACUCUUUUUAUUGAUGUCUGUAAAAGAUUUAAGAAAUUGGACGAGGAAAUAGGGGACAUGACAUCGUUGUCUACUCUGAGUGCAGAUCAGACAGCCAUAACAGAACUGCCGUCUUCCAUUGUGAGAUUAAAGAACUUGAGAUGUUUAUCUCUUGAUGAUUUUGAUGAAUUAAGCAUUGGCAAUAGCUGCGUUAUAACUAAUGUUCCCGAGGAUCUUGGAAGUCUACCUUCCUUGGAAAGGUUAGAUAUAAGGUGCCGUAAUUUGCAAAGCCUGCCAAGCCUCAGAGGCCUCUCCCAGCUUGAAGACCUAUGCUUGGUUGAUUGCAAUCUUACCGAUGAAUUGAUAAAGGUUAUGGAUCUUGGGAGUCUUUCCUCUUUGAAAUCGUUAGAUCUAUCUUGUAACCAUAUCAGUAGCCUUCCUAACAGUUUCAGUAGCCUUCCAAGCCUCCGCAGCCUUUCUAAGCUUGUCGAUCUAGAUUUGAGAAGGUGUACAAACCUUGUUGCAAUCGCAGAUUUACCAACAAGUCUGACGAAACUCUGCGCCUCGGACUGCAAUGCAUUGGAAAUAAUGCCCGACUUCUCAGAUAUGUCCAAUAUGAGAGAGAUGUAUCUAGAUGGAUGUGCCGAACUCGUUGAGGUUGUAGGCUUGGAUGAAUCUUUGAAAAGCUCCAUGAGGCUGCUUGACAUGGCAGGGUGCACAGAUCUCACUGCUACUUUCAAGGAAAAAAUUCUACAGGGAUGGAAUUUCGUAGGACCUGUCAGAUAUUAUAGUUGGAUAGAUGGUGAGUGCAUGUUUGCGGGACCUAGUGGCAUAUUUCUCCCUUCGAGUGACAUUCCUGAGUGGUUCCAGUGGGUCUUUGAGGGUGGCAGAAUGAAUUUUUAUGUGCCUGAAAUUACGGGGAGUAAUGUAAUAGCCAUCACUCUGUGCUUCACUGGUUUAGCAGAGGAUGAUUUGGACCUAGAUGACCUAUAUUAUUAUGAUCUGUCUAUUGGCAUUUUGGUUACAAACCAUACCAAGCUCACUACAUUUUCCAUUAAGCCUGUGAAAUCAAGCGGUGAAUACAAUGACAAUUAUGUCGGGUUUCUUUGGCUGGGACAUUUACCCAGCUAUAAGUUCAAUUUGGAAGGAGGCGACUUUGUUGAAGUUUUGUUAGAAAGUGAAUUCGAAGUGCAAAAAUCAGGGGUCAGUCUAGUUUGGGACACCAAACAGCCAGAGUUCAGGGUUGAUACUGACCGGGUAGACGGGAUGUGUUUUUCUUGUCCAUAUGCUGGAGGCAAUAAUAAUAUGGCACAGACCCCUUGCUGGUUAUGACGAUGAUGCAGUCACCUGAUGAGGAGUUGAGGACCAAGAUUGAGGCAUGAGGAAUCUUGUAGGUAUUUGUGGAGCAGUUUGGGCAACUACCUCACCCCAUUGACUAUAUAUGCCAUUCAGCGAUCAUGAUGUUGGUCAUUACUCAUUAGUUUCUGUACAUGGUAGGAGUGCAACUGAACAUUGUAGGCACGCAUUAAUAGAUUUUAGUGUUUACUGAUUAGCCCUUAUCCAUUUGUCUUUGUUAUAA